UGAAAUGCGUAACAUAUUAGUUCCAUAUUAACCUUCCACACUUACGGAAUGGACAGUGAAGAAGCGACACGCAUCUGCGGACAAUGCAACAAGGAGGUUGCAGAAGCCAAUUUCGCCCUGCAUGAAACACACUGCACGCGUUUCUUGUGUUUGUGCCCUGAAUGUGAUGAAGCAGUUCCCAAAGAUCAGCUGAAGGAACACAGAGAGGAGCAGCACACCCUGGUGAGAUGCUCCAAGUGCAAUGAGAAGAUGGAACAAUGUCGCCUACAGGAUCAUGAGUUGUGGCCCUUAACUGACUGUGACUCCGUUCCCCCCCAGUGGGAUGAGUGUCAGCACCGUCUCCAGGGGUGUGAGUUCUGUGAGCUGGAAGUCCCGGUGAAGGACCUGGAUGAGCAUAGGCUGGUCUGCGGCAGCCGCACCGAGCUCUGCCGGGACUGCAGCCGCUACGUCAAACUGACAGACCUGGCAGAGCAUCGCCUGAUCUGUUUGGCUGCUGACAACAGCUCCAGUCCUCCUCCGGGUACCAGCAGUGUACUUCAUUCAACAGCAAAAACAACUGUGUCUUGUACAGGCUGCAAGGCAUCCUUUUCAGCCGAGGAUAUAGACAAACAUACGAUGGGAUGUUUUCUUGCAGCCAAGUGGGACUCUGAAAAAGUUGAGCCAGAGCAGGAAGAGAGUGAGGACGACAGUGAGGACGACAGAGAUUCCUCUGGACAAGAGGACGCCCCUCAGCUACGGAACGCAACCGCCCUGACAAAUACGUUCAACCAAAAACCCUCAAUGAAUGAAGGAGACCCAGACAAGCUCAGCACCUGCCCGUUCUGUCACCUGGCCCUGCCCGUCUCUACGCUGCGCUGGCAUGAGGCGAAGUGCCACAUCCACAUUGUCCUGAAACAGAAAUAAAGUUGCAGAACUUUUCAGAGUGGACCAGCAGUCUCAGAGGUUCAAUGAAGAAGAUAUCGUCCAAGCUGCUAAAAUAUAAUCAGCUACUACUUUACAAGAAUAAUUACAUUUUAUUUGAAAAUACUAAGCACUGUGUUUUAGUAGUUUUAUGACUUAAAUCUUGCAUGACAACACAUAAUGCAUUAUUCUACUUGCCAGCAAAUCUGUUGCUGCUGGCAGCUUUUUAAAGACUAAUCAUUAAAAUGUUCCUUUGUCUAAACUACUGAGAUGAGAGAAAUAUGACCAGUUUCUAUUGUGGUUCAUGUAUAAAAAUAGAAUCACCAUGGCUGAAACCAUGAGUAACCUGGAAAACAUAAAAAAAUGUCAUGUGUAUGCGUGAAGAUUUUACUUGGUGAAGGAAUAGUCAUGUCUUUUCUUGGGCAGUUUUUAGACAUGAAUCAUACACAGGAAGGAUGGCAUUAUGGAAUAAACAUGGCACAAGAUUUGGAGUAAGGAA